UGACGGUGACGUACAUUCACUUGCUCGUUGCUCAUCAGAUUGAGAAAUCUCAAGAUAAUUAUUAAAUAAAACUCUUCUAUCUUUUUACGGUGACUAACGAACACGUAGGAACUAUGAUAUAUUCGUAACAUACCUGGAGAGAACCUUUAUUUCAUAUCUAUUUAUCUGGACUUUGACUUGUAAGUGACAAUGGCCAACAACCGUAUUCCUUCUGGGCCCAACACGCCUGGGAGUCAACAGACACCCACGCAGCAAGGAAUAAAGAUAUUUAUCCAAAGGGACUAUUCUGAAGGCACUGCAGUUAAGUUUCAAACACGAUUUCCCCCGGAGCUAGAAGACAGGAUAGACAGACAAUCCUUUGAAUACACAAUGGAGAAAUUAAAUGAACAUUUCGACAUGGCAGAAACUGCUGACUGCAGUACGUACUGUGAAGGAUGCCUUGCGUGCCUUACAGCGUACUUCAUUUAUAUUUGCACGGAAACACAUUAUGAAAAGCAUUUGCGGAAAGUGUCAAAAUUCAUAGCAACACAAAACGAAAGGGUAUACAAUCCAAGAGGGAUACACAUCACAGAUCCAAUUUUAAGAGGUUUACGGGUCAUAGAGAUAACGGUUAUAGACGUACCAAAUUGCCAGAGCCCCACAGGUAACUCAACAAAUACAAAUUUGAGGCACACUUGACCACCACACGAGAACAGGGAGUUUUUCAUGUAACAUACGCGUUAUUGGUUCUGAAUCAUGUUAUAAUAUUGUAAAGAGAUUUUGAAAAUGGAACAAAUCGAUAAGGUUUUGUUUUGCCGUCAAAUAAAAAAAUAAUAACAAUAAAAAAAUAGAUGUCUAAAUCUCUCAUGAAAAAAAAAAAUAAUAUACCUACUAAAACAGUGUUUUAUUUUAUUUUAAAUUAAAAAUGACGAUAAUAGAAAAAACUGUCGAUUUGUUCCAUUAAAUUUAUAAACCAUUGUACUAUACCAAUUUGUAUACAAAUAUAAAUAAAAAAUAGCAAUUAUUAAUGAAAUAAAACAUCACAUGUUUAGUUAAUUUUAAUAAUUGUUUUCUUAACUUAAAUUUUAAUAAAUACCUAACAAGUGAAUAAGUAAGUUAAAAUGCAAACAAUACAGUUCCAUUUCAAAAGUAAACUGAAUACUCUUUAAAAAGUAUAACAUGUUUUUCGAACCAAUAAUUUGUAAUCCUCGGAUUGCAAGCGCUGGUUUUUAACCAGUUCAUGUAAGUUGCACUUGCGCGUCUUGUGUAAGUUGCUCUUACACGAUUUUUGUAAGUUUUCUGUAAUUAUACUUAACUUUUUUAGCAAGUGGUUAUUUAUUUCCGCCAUUUUUUACUCUUGUACCUAGUGGUUUAAUGCUGAAAAUGUAUAUUCAUAUGUGGCAAGUGAUUCUAUUGUAAUAAUAAUCUCAUCCUUUUAAAGAAAAAUAUGGAUGAUUUUACAUAAUUGUAAUUUACAUGUACCUAUUAUAAACGUUUUAAUAAAUCGUUUUUUAAAAGUCUGCGAGUUUUAAACUUGUGUAAAUUACAAUUAUUAUGCAAUACGAAAAGUUAUAACUAUGUUUGGGUAUUUUUUUUUUUGCUUUAGUUUAUUGAAAAGUGUAGUAGCGAUUAAAUGUCUCGCCUGGGGGGAUUCAAAACGCUGUAGGUACUGUAAUUUUUUCUGGUGAUAAAAAAUACGUUAUUUUAAUACUUUCAUCAUAUAAAGACUUUUUUGCUCUUAUUCUAAUUAAACAGUGUGACACUCAUAUUUGUUACUAAAUAACAAUAUAAUCGCUACAACACUGUAUAAUUUUCUCCUCAAUGUUUACAAUUCAUUCUUACACAGAAGUUAAAACGCAGAGUGACUUACAAAACCCUCCUUUCGUCUUAUUCGUUGCAAAGGAAGUCAAACAAAAUGACUAAUUCUUUUAAAAUUGAAGUGUCAGCUUUCACACUGGUCAGGUUGUGUAGAAAAACAUAGUGUUAAUUUAAAUUAUUUUUUUAUUUAAAAAAGAAUUAACCUUAGUAAAAUAAGCCAGCUGCUUCUCUUCAGAUUUUCAAAGGGAAGAGCUUAUAAACUCUUGACCUGACCUUUCGCCAGGACGUCCCUGAUUUAAUCAAGCUAUGUUAGUCUUCGUCUUCUCACUCCACGGUCCCCUUUUACACUCCUUAUAUAUUUGCUUAUCCUCUCCACAUGACCAAACUUUUCUUUGCAACUGGAACACUAAAUCGAUUUACAAUAAACGCUUCGUGUUAAUAACUUGUGUGUGAAGAAUGUGUAUGAUUUAUAACUAGGUACCUACUUAAUUAAUGCCGUAUGAAUGACUGAAUCACUUUCCAUAGCAUGUCGAACUCCCUUUGCCAAAUUGUUCUUCCAAACUUGUACGGACAUUAGUUAGGUUUAGUAAUUGGACAGAAUUAACCUUGUGAUUCAUGUAAUUAAUAUUGUAUAUUAUGGCCCGUAGAUAUUUAAGUUUGCACAUUUGUGGGUAGCUGUUCAUGGGUUAUUCACGUUUGUUAAAACUAGAUUAAAGAAUAUACAUAGGACGAUGUAUAAAAGUUAGCGUUAUUCUCUGUCCUAUUAAAAAUGGCGGCAUAUUCUCUGUGAUUCCAAAUAUAUAAGUUAGUUAGUAGUUUCGAUCCAAAUUGACAAGUUCAAGACGAGAAACCCCAAUUUGAAAGUUAUUUGUGAAAACCUGAUAUCUGUUGUAAAAGAUUUCAAUCCAAAAACAUCUGACUUGCCCCACUCUUCUGUGUGACUUGCACUAUGGAAAUAGAAUUCUUUAAAAAAUUUAACAUUUAUUCUGAUUUUUAACCAAUAUAUCGUAAAGUACAUCUUAUAUACAUGAUACAAUCUCGAAAUACAUUUAACAUACAAAGGUGUAUAAUUUUCUAAGGCCCAUUGUAAUCAUCUUUUGAUACAAAAUAGAAUGACUCGUCUAUCAACUCAUCACUGAAAUCACUUAUUUGGCAUAUAAUUAGUUGAUAUGGCAAUGUUAUGAACGGAUUCCUGGGAGUUCCCAGUGUGGCCUCCGGGCAAAAACUAGUAUAACUAAUAUUACGUUUUAUAAAGUGUAUAAACCACCGUUAGAUUUUUUAUACGAAUACCAUGAUUUUUUUCAUCAUGAUUGUCUUAUCAAUAAAUCCAUUUAAUUUGAAAACAUAAACUUCUAAAACACCUUGUAUAAAUGCCAGUAAUAAAUUGGAAAAUAUCAUUGAUCGUAGGUAUAUUCAAUCAAACCUCACAAUUAAUCGCAGCUUAGUUUUUUUCAAUAGAUGGCUGUAUUAUAUAGACGUCAGUGUUGCCAUUGCUCAAAUUCAAAUUUCACUUAUCGAUAAAAAACGUAUCAUUUUGAGCAAAAUUGCGGCUUCCAAUCCUUAUAACACCGCGAUCUAGUUGCUUUAUCUUAAGGUGAGGUUGUUUUUAUUACAUUGCAUAGAUAAUGAUUGUCUUUGAACAAAUAUAUCACUUGCUAGUUGCUAAAGAUUAGUUAUUGGUCUUUGGGCCGGCAUUUACUUGGAAGAUAAUGUAGGAUACGUUUAAACAUAUUAUUUUUGUAUGUCCACUUUUUUUUAAUUGUCUGUAGUUUCCAUGUUGCAUUUUGCUGAGAUAUUUAAUUCAGUAAUUUUACUUGAUAUUAUGUUUCUCUAAUGAAACAACUGGCCAAGUCAUGUAAAAUUUGCUUAUAACCAUAGAUGAAACUCUGACUUUAAUCAAAUUUCAUUAAAUAUGACAUCUUUAUAAUGAAUUUGUUGAAAUUCAUGUAAACUACGGACAGUCACAUAAUUUUCUGUUAUUCUUAUUUGAUUUAUGUAUCAUUUUUUAACAUUAUUUUAGUUUGAAUUGAUAAAUAGAGAUUGGAGUAUAUAAACAGCAACAUCAGUAGGAAGCGUUAAGAGAAUUAAUUAAUCAAUAAAAUGAGAAAUGUUGCUUUUUACACAACCCAAUUAUAGAUCCGUAAAUAGGUUUGGCUUAUAAAAAUUGACUUCAUACUAUCGCGUUAAAAAUUACUUCCUGCCUACGCCUCCGCUAAAGGGGCGAGAUUUGAUGUAAUUAUGAAAUUUUUUUUUUUUGAAUAAAAUUGUAAUUAAAAAAAAUCAAGCGUUUUUCAGCCUGUAUUUUGAAUUGACAUUUUGCGACUUAGCACUUUAUUAUGUCCUCUAUUGUGCCCUUAGUUGGAUGAUGUAAAAACGCCUUAGCUUGUGCCGCUGACUGUUGCUGUAUAGUAAGAUAGAUAGGUUCUAAUUUCAACGAAAUAGCUUUAGGUUAAAAUUAAGACUUGUUAAAUUAUAUUAGGUAGUUGAGUGCGAUGUGUAUUUAACAUAUUUUUAAAAUUUCGUUUAAAAUAAUUGAAAAGCUAUCUCGUUGAAAUUAAUGAUUCCUGAGUGUUACAAUAAAAAUGUACUGAAAAAGAUUUUUGAUAUAUGUAUGUAAAGUGUAGAUAGAAUAUAGCCCUUGUAAAUAUUAUGCGCGGGGUUCAAAAUAAAUUGUCUGAAUUCGACUUAUACUUAAGUAAUAAAACAUGCGUUUGAUUUGAUGCCAAUUUGAAUCUUAGUUUUGGAAAUUUACUGCUCAAUUUUGCUUGUAAAAUAAAAACCAAAUAGAAUGUCAAAUUUACUUAGUAAAUUAUAAAAGGUACUAUAAAAUCUUACUUAUAUCAUUCUCACUUAUGUCGUAAAAGGCGACGAAGGGACAUAUUCCUUAUAACUCUUGGGUACAUAUACAUAUAUAUUUACCAAAUUUUUUUUAUUUGUUUUAACCUUAUUGCUUUUUAACUCCUAAGGGCCUUAAUAAAUUUUUCUAAUGUAGAUUUUAGUAGAAACGUGGGCAAGUUAUCUUCUUUCUCGCUUACUCCAUGUGUUUUGCUCAAUCCGAAAGAAACCCAUUUAUUUUUCAUAUACGUGUGUAGUAUUUUCAUGGUAGGUAUUAAAUUAUAUGUAAAGAACCCUGCGCAUAUUCCAAUUUCAGGUUCUAUAUUAAUUGUUAUUAGCUAUAUGUAUGUAUUCAGUGUAAGAAACUUACAUUUAAUAUAUAUAUAUAAAUCAAAUGCACAGAUUUUGAAAAUGGAUAUUAGGUGUAAAUUUUUAAUUUUUUUAAAUUAUUCUGUACGUACUAAUGUUUAGUAAAUAAGACGAAAUAGAUUUACUUACUGUAAAAUUCAAUAUGACUCGUAUUAAAUAUUUGAAAUUUA